AUCAUAGUAAAGUUAAAAGAAUAAUAAAGGAACAUAGCUAAAGUGGGUUUGAUAUGAGGCCCUAAUAUCUUAUUAAAUGCCCACCUCAAUGCCCCUCCAUUUCUAUUCAAAAUUCAAACUCACCACCACCACUUCAAUUUCAAUACCCUCUUUUCUUCUUCUCUUUUUCUCUACCUAAACUUGCUACUACUGCUUCAAUGGAGGUGGAGAUUCUCAAAACAGAGAAGAACAUCAAGCUUUAUUAUUACUAAAAGGGUAUUACUCAAACCAACCAAACAGGGGUCAUACUCAAAAAUGAGUACUGCUAGAUUCAUCAAAUGUGUCACUGUGGGAGAUGGAGCUGUUGGGAAGACCUGCAUGCUUAUCUCCUAUACUAGCAAUACCUUCCCCACUGACUAUGUUCCAACAGUGUUCGACAACUUUAGUGCUAAUGUUGUAGUUGAUGGCAGCACUGUCAACCUGGGUUUGUGGGAUACUGCAGGACAGGAGGACUAUAACAGGCUAAGACCUUUGAGUUAUAGGGGUGCAGAUGUGUUCUUACUAGCUUUCUCUCUUAUUAGCAAAGCUAGCUAUGAAAAUAUUUCCAAGAAGUGGAUCCCUGAAUUGAGGCAUUAUGCUCCAACCGUCCCAAUUGUGCUAGUGGGGACCAAACUUGAUUUGAGGGACGACAAGCAGUAUAUGAUUGAUCAUCCUGGUGCUACACCAAUCACAUCAGCACAGGGUGAAGAUCUAAAGAAGGCAAUAGGUGCUGCAGUUUACUUAGAGUGCAGUUCCAAAACUCAGCAGAAUGUGAAGGCUGUGUUUGAUGCAGCUAUCAAGGUUGUCUUGCAGCCUCCAAAGCCAAAGAAAAGGCGAAAGAAGGCCAAACCUUGUGCCUUUCUCUGAACCAAUUUUCAUGGUUAUUGUCACAGCCAAUGCCAAUAUUAUCAAAGACAUUUUCUUCUCUUUUUUUUCUUCUUUUUGUGCCAAACUUGAGAUUCCUUUGUUGUUUUUUUAUUUGUUUUUAAUGUUUCUCUAUAUGUAAUCAUAUUGUGUUUUUUUUAAUAUGUUUCUCAUCAUGGAUUUGAAGGAAAAUCUAUUGUAAGUUUACAUAUUGUAAUCUUGGUCAUGAAAAAAAAAAUAGCAAAUAAACAGGACUUUUGUUAGGUUUCA